ACCCCAGGGCGACUAGAGCGCGCCUGGCGGCAGAGAGCGGCGCUCAGCGGGAACAAAGCACAGUCGCAGGCGCGCGGUGGCGGGAACUGGUUGUGUGUGCUCGAGGCUACAGCAUGGACGAGGACCGCGACUUGGAAAACUUGAUGGGCUUCUUGGGUGACUUCGGGCACUAUCAGAUGCGCCAGUAUGUGCUGCAUCUGUUGGCAGCCAUGACAGCCGGCCUGCACAUGUUGUCGCUGGUCACAGUGGCUGCAGUGCCACAACACAGGUGCAGGAUCCCAGCACUCGGGGAGAACGACUCGUUUGCGCUGAACGCCAGCAUAGUAGAUCUGUACAUUCCGAGGAAGCAGAAUGAGUACGACUCGUGCAACCUGCUAGAUGCCCAGCAGAACUUGACCUACCCCUGUGACAGUUGGGUGUACGACACCACUUACUACCAACAGACGAGAACCACCGAGUGGAACCUGGUAUGUGGUCGGCGGUGGAUGGGCGCAAUUGCGCAGACAGUCUACUUGCUGGGAGUAUUCACAGGAGCCGUUACUCUGGGCAGCAUGGCCGACAAAUAUGGUCGCAAAACGAUAUUUGUCAUUUCGGCUGUGCUGCAAGUGAUACUGGGCAUCGGAGUUGCAUUCGUCCAAGAAUACUACUCGCUGCUGGUAGUUCGCUUUUUAUACGGCAUUUUUGGAUCUGCUGGCUGCUACGUUACAGGCUUCGUUCUCACCAUGGAGCUGGUGGGGCGCUCCAAGCGUACUAUGUGCGGCAUCAUGACGCAGGUCGCCUUCGCAUUUGGCACCAUGCUGGUAGCAUUCUGGGGCUUCCUGAUAGCCGAUCGCCGGCUGCUGCAGGUUGUGUAUGGAUUGCACGGGCUGCUGCUCUUCCCACACUAUUGGUGGAUGGACGAGUCGCCACGCUGGCUGUGGGCGCAGGGCAAGGUUCACAAGGCAGUCACCAUUGUGGAGCGCGCGCUCUGCACCAACAAGUGUGCUGACCAGCUGGACGUGACGUUUUACGUGUCCCGGGGCCAGGCCGCAGCCAGGAAGAGAGGCGACCGCUCCUACACCAUAGCUGACCUCUUCCGCACGCCCAACAUGCGCUACCGUGCACUCAAUGUUUGCCUCAACUGGUUCGCCAACAGCCUGGUGUUCUAUGGGCUGUCACUGAACACGGGCAAGCUGAACGGCAACCCAUUCCUGGUGUUGUUUCUGGUGUGCCUGGUGGAGCUUCCCAGUUACGCCCUCGUCAUCAUGGUCAUGGACCGCACAGGGCGCCGGAGUCUCAUCAGCUCCUUCCUCGUGAUGGGGGGACUGGCUUGCCUCAUCUCUACCUACAUAUCUCAAGAUACCGACAAUGGCAAUGUGUGGCGUAUAUCCGUGGUGAUGAUCGGCAAGUUCUUCAUAUCGGGAUCGUUUGCCAUCAUCUUCAACUACACGGCUGAGAUGUUUCCCACGGUGGUGCGCAACACGUCCAUCGGUGUGGGCAGCAUGUGUGCACGCCUCAGCAGUGCCAUGACGCCUCUCAUCACGCUGCUGGAUAGCCUUGACAAGACGCUGCCUUCCCUUAUUUUUGCAAGCACAGCUAUUCUGUCGGGCUUGUUGUCUCUGCUGCUGCCGGAAACCCUGAACCAGCCCAUGCCUCAGACCCUCGCUGACGGCGAGAAGUUUGGCAACGGAGACACUGCCUUCAGUGCUUGCUGCAAGCGUAGGAAGCUUCACUGCGAGACUCAAGACGUACAGCUCGCAAGUGCUCAGUAGCAGUGCAGCCAGCGCAGCUAAUUUCUCUACUUGUUCACGUGCCUACUCUUGUUGCUGACAUCCGGAUGGCAUUUUUCAGCGCAUGUCUGUCUAGAAGCAAUACCGAGUGAGUCUAGAACAGUCUCUUGUGGGAAUGACUCUUUACAAGCAAAAUAAAUACUUCAAUUCAGUGAAGUAAAUAUUUUAAAGAAAUAUUAAUACACAGCGAUUAAGGAUUACAAUUUUUUUUUUGUGUUUUUUCAACCACUCUUAUUUAAAUAAAUAUAAAUUUACUAACAUAAAAUAACAUUCAAUUAUAUUUAUUUUGAGAGUUCGUGUUUUUGAACAGUUUAAUAUCUUGCCAUUAACAUUGUAAAAGUUAUUCAUAGAUGAUUAUCUUGGACGAAAUUUGAAAGAUUGUUAAUUCAUAUUUAUUUAUUUGAACAAACUAGAUUUGUUUUUAGUUGUUUAUGAGAGCUUAUACUUAAUAUAUUGUUUUAGCUGCAGGGAGAAAUAAAGAAAAAAAACAACUAUCUCAGGUUACAAUUUAAUGUGUAGACAGUUGUGAUAAAGGUUGAUUUUCAAAGAAUUUAGACUUUAUACUUUAAGCAAAAGAUUAAAUAAACUAAAUUUAUAUUUUUAA